AUUUAUCUUUCAAAAAAAAAAAAACUCUGACAACUGUCUCUUCUCCUGUACCUCCAAAAACUCUUCCCUCAUAUAUUCUCUCUCCCCCAUUAUCAUUCCUCAAUCUAAUUCCCUUUUCAAUUCUCAAUCAAUUUCUGCAAAAAAAUCCCAGAAAAAUGAGGGAAAUUUUGCAUAUUCAAGGUGGGCAAUGUGGGAAUCAAAUCGGGUCUAAAUUCUGGGAAGUAAUUUGUGAUGAACAUGGUGUUGAUAAAACGGGUAGAUUCAAUGGCGAAUCCUCUGAUCUUCAAUUAGAACGUAUUGAUGUUUACUUUAAUGAAGCUGCUGGUGGUCGGUAUGUUCCUCGGGCUGUUCUUAUGGAUCUUGAACCCGGUACUAUGGAUAGUAUCAGAUCCGGUCCUUUGGGUCAAAUCUUUCGUCCUGAUAAUUUUGUUUUUGGGCAAUCUGGUGCCGGAAAUAAUUGGGCUAAAGGUCAUUAUACUGAAGGUGCUGAACUUAUUGACUCUGUUCUUGAUGUUGUUCGUAAAGAAGCUGAGAAUUGUGAUGCCCUUCAAGGUUUUCAGGUAUGCCACUCUCUUGGAGGGGGCACAGGUUCUGGUAUGGGAACUCUCUUGAUUUCAAAGAUAAGAGAGGAGUACCCUGAUAGAAUGAUGCUUACUUUCUCUGUUUUCCCAUCUCCGAAAGUCUCUGACACCGUCGUUGAGCCGUACAACGCCACUCUUUCCGUCCAUCAAUUGGUCGAAAAUGCUGACGAGUGCAUGGUUUUGGACAAUGAGGCUUUGUAUGAUAUUUGCUUCCGGACCUUGAAGCUUAGCAAUCCGAGCUUUGGUGAUCUUAACCACUUGAUCUCGGCCACAAUGAGUGGGGUGACAUGCUGUCUCCGAUUCCCUGGACAGCUGAACUCUGACCUAAGGAAACUCGCUGUGAACCUCAUCCCAUUCCCGCGGCUCCACUUCUUCAUGGUGGGUUUUGCCCCGCUAACCUCUCGUGGGUCACAGCAGUAUGUAUCACUUACCGUCCCAGAACUGACCCAACAAAUGUGGGAUGCUAAGAACAUGAUGUGUGCUGCUGACCCGCGUCAUGGAAGGUACCUAACAGCGUCUGCCAUGUUUCGUGGCAAGAUGAGCACCAAAGAAGUAGACGAGCAGAUGAUCAACGUGCAGAACAAGAACUCGUCUUAUUUUGUAGAGUGGAUCCCGAACAAUGUGAAGUCGAGUGUUUGUGACAUCCCACCUAUCGGUCUAAAGAUGGCUUCGACAUUUAUAGGCAAUUCAACUUCCAUCCAAGAAAUGUUUAGAAGAGUUAGUGAGCAAUUCACUGCUAUGUUUAGGCGAAAGGCGUUCUUGCAUUGGUACACCGGAGAAGGCAUGGACGAAAUGGAAUUCACAGAGGCUGAGAGUAACAUGAACGAUCUUGUCGCGGAGUAUCAACAGUAUCAAGAUGCAACUGCUGAUUAUGAGGAAGAUUAUGAAGAUGAACCUGAAGAGAAUUAUGAGGGCUAGACAUAGAUUAUGUUAUCUUGCUUUUCUUUUUCAUUUUUGUGUCUUAUAGUUGAAGUUAUUGUUUGAAUUAUAUCAAUUUGUUGUUUUUCAUUGAGUGUUCUUUAUCCUAGGAGGGAAGUAUAUCUAUCUAUUGUAUUAAGUGAAAAAAUGGUAUGGAUUUUUUUGUUUUUCCAUCAUUUCUGGUGUAUGUGUAUUGAACUAGCUCUAUUGCUAUUCAUCUAUUUAUGACUAUAUGUUAUAUAAUUUAA